AUGCGUGAAGAGAGGAUGGAUGUGCAAAGGAGGGAUGUAGGUGUGCAAAGGAUGGGCAACUCGGAAGAUGAUGCGCAGACGAAGGAGUCCAAGAUCUCAAGCUCAGGAGAAGUUGAGCCCUCCAUUCUGAGCACAGCUGCGAAAAGAGAGCAAAAGAGGGGUAGAGGCCUGAAGGGGUCAAAGAAGCGAGAGUUCGGGAAUAGGAAAAAGGCUAGUCUGGGGUAUGGUGUUGGUUCAAGUUCUGGUAGAGGGAGAGUAAAAUGUGUGAGCUAUGGCAGGCCGCAUAAGGGAGUGUGUCUUGCACGGACAACGGCAUGUUUCAAAUGUGGACAAGAAGGGCACUUUGCGCGUGACUGUCCUACUUCGCCCAGGGUGGUACAAGCCCAGCGGUUAGCUACCAGGAAUGUAGGUCAAGCCAGUCACCAAGGAGGAGGAGCAGACACAGCGGACCGAGUGAUGCCAGGCAGGUCUGGGAACCAGCCUGAAUCUCGUAGUGGGAGAGUGGUUAGACGUGUUUGUAGGCUAGUGUCAGGUUUCCCAUCAGGCAGGGAGGUAGAGUUGGUAUCAAAGUGGUACGCAGUACCAGAACCAUUUCUAUCUUUCGUCACAAGAUGGCAUCCGCAGAGUUGGGAGAGUGAUGAAGAGAGCGUAGGAGUAGUGGAGUGCUAG